UCCACCACCAUCACCACCCACCUUCUACAAUGGAUCCCACCUUUUUUAUUAAAACCCCAAAAAAGAAAAAGAACCUUUCUUUUUUCAUAUUUAUUCAUUUUUCUCUCAAAUCAUAAUUGAAAAAUCAGUAAAAAAUGGAGAAAAUAAAAAUUACGGAAGUUAAUUCGUCAUCACACCGAUCUCUGUCUCUUCUGUACUACGCAUUGAACUUUCAACCCCACCAAACCUUCUCAUCCUCCCCGCCUCAUUUACUCUUUUUAUCAUUAUCACUGUGAAAACAAUAUAUAUGUAUAUAAAUAUGUACUGAUAUUGUUUAAACAAUCAAAAAGUCUCUCAAUAGUCAGUGUUUUCUUUUCUUUUUGUGUCUAAAUCUCUCUUAUUCAACGCCACUGGCAGUCAUUUGAGGUUUUAUUGAUCCAACCAAAAUAUAUAAUAAAAAGGGUCUGUGAGAGAGUGGGAGAGAGACCCAAAUUUAUCCCAAACUUGGGUUUCUCUCGAAAGAAAAGAAUCUCAGCUCAAAAGGGUCAGCUUUGAAGAAACACAAAAAAAAAAAGUUUUGAUUUUUUUAUUGGUUCGGUUAUAAAUUUUUUGUGUAAAUGAAUAGUGGGGAGUUUUUAUAAUUGAAGAGUUAAAUCCCCCUUUGACAUUAUUACUGUUGUGUGUGUGUGUGUAUAUGUGUUGUUGUUAGUGUAUCAUUUUCAGUCAUUCUUUAAUGUGGGGUUGGCGUUUCUUGUGAUGGGUUCUUAAGAGAGUGGCCUAAAAGAAUAACAAGAAGGAAAAAAAUAAAGAGGCAAUGGUUCCUUGAGAGCUUGAUUGUCUCUGUGUCUCUCUGUAUAUUUCUGUCUGUCUGUGUUUUUUAGUGAGGGAGAAAGAGGGAAGAGGCCACAGUGUCUUUCUGUUUUUUCCAUUGUGAAGGUGUUUUAAGGAGGGGCACUCACUGCAGAGUGAGUGCGUUUAAUUUUUUGUUUUUGGAUGGCUACCAAAGGGAGGCUUGUUGCUGGUUCACAUAACCGAAAUGAGUUUGUAGUAAUCAAUGCAGAUGAAAUUGGAAGAGUCACCUCCGUGAAGGAAUUGAGUGGGCAGAUUUGUCAGAUUUGUGGGGAUGAGGUUGAAUUUACUGUAGACGGAGAGCCAUUUGUGGCCUGCAACGAAUGUGCUUUCCCUGUUUGUAGACCUUGUUAUGAAUAUGAGAGAAGAGAGGGAAAUCAAGCCUGUCCUCAAUGCAAAACCCGAUACAAACGCAUAAAAGGGAGUCCAAGAGUGGAAGGUGAUGAAGAUGAGGAUGAAUUUGAUGAUUUGGAGCAUGAGUUUGAUUAUGACCCACACCAGAUUGCAGAGGCAGCGCUUGCUGCUCGUCUUAAUACCGGCCGUGGUGGUCAUGUUAAUGCGUCUGGUAUCACUACACCGUCAGAGAUGGAUUCAGCUCUUGGCUCCGAGAUUCCCCUCCUCACCUAUGGUCAAGAGGACGAUGGGAUUUCAGCCGAUAAGCAUGCUCUAAUUAUUCCUCCUUUCAUGGGCCGUGGAAAGAAAGUUCAUCCUGUGCCAUUUACUGAUAGUUCCAUGUCCUUGCCACCUCGUCCAAUGGACCCUAAAAAGGAUCUGGCAGUUUAUGGAUAUGGUACUGUCGCAUGGAAAGAUAGAAUGGAAGAAUGGAAGAGAAAGCAGAAUGAGAAACUUCAAGUGGUUAAACAUCAAGGUGAAAAAGGUGGUGGCAAUGGUGGCGAUGAGCUGGAUGAUCCUGACCUGCCAAUGAUGGACGAAGGCAGACAGCCCCUUUCUAGAAAGUUACCCAUCCCAUCAAGCAAGAUCAGUCCUUACAGAAUGAUCAUUCUAAUUCGAAUGGCUGUUCUUGGCUUAUUUUUCCAUUAUAGAAUCCGUCAUCCUGUGAAUGAUGCAUAUGGAUUGUGGCUAACUUCAAUCAUUUGUGAAAUAUGGUUUGCUGUAUCAUGGAUCUUUGAUCAAUUUCCAAAGUGGUUUCCUAUUGAGCGAGAGACAUACCUUGAUAGAUUAUCACUGAGGUACGAAAAGGAAGGGAAGCCCUCUGAGUUAGCUGCCGUUGAUGUAUUUGUCAGUACAGUGGAUCCGUUGAAAGAGCCUCCACUUAUCACUGCAAAUACAGUUCUCUCUAUUCUGGCUGUGGAUUACCCAGUGGACAAAGUUUCCUGUUAUGUAUCUGAUGAUGGUGCUGCUAUGCUUACUUUUGAGGCUCUUUCUGAGACAUCUGAGUUUGCAAGAAAAUGGGUUCCCUUCUGCAAGAAGUUCUGCAUAGAGCCUCGAGCUCCAGAAUGGUACUUCGCUCAGAAGGUUGAUUAUCUUAGGAAUAAAGUUGAUCCUACAUUUGUGAGGGAACGCCGUGCAAUGAAGAGAGAGUAUGAGGAGUUCAAAGUCAGGAUAAACGGGCUUGUUGCCACGGCUCAAAAGGUUCCUGAGGAUGGUUGGACCAUGCAAGAUGGAACUCCUUGGCCUGGAAAUCUAGUUAGGGAUCAUCCUGGAAUGAUUCAGGUAUUCCUGGGUAGUAAUGGUGUUCAUGACAUUGAAGGAAAUGAGUUGCCCCGUCUAAUUUAUGUUUCUCGUGAGAAAAGGCCAGGAUUUGAGCACCACAAGAAAGCUGGAGCCAUGAAUGCUUUGAUUCGGGUUUCAGCAGUAAUCUCAAAUGCCCCUUACCUACUGAAUGUUGAUUGUGAUCAUUACAUCAAUAACAGCAAAGCACUUCGAGAAGCUAUGUGCUUCAUGAUGGACCCCACAUCAGGGAAGAAAAUAUGUUAUGUGCAGUUUCCUCAGAGAUUUGAUGGGAUCGAUCGUCAUGAUCGAUACUCAAAUCGCAAUGUUGUCUUCUUUGAUAUAAAUAUGAAAGGGCUUGAUGGGAUUCAGGGUCCAAUUUAUGUUGGAACGGGUUGUGUCUUCAGGAGGCAAGCACUUUAUGGAUAUGAUGCUCCAAAAAAGAAGAAAGCCCCAGGCAAAACUUGCAAUUGUUUGCCAAAGUGGUGUUGCUGUUGUUGCCGAUCUAGGAACAAGAACAAGAAGGGGAAAUCAAAGGAUAAGAAGAAGACAAAAGGCAGGGAAACAUCAACUCAAAUACAUGCUCUUGAAAAUAUUGAAGAAGGAAUUGAAGGAAUUGAUAAUGAAAAGUCAUCCCUCAUGCCUCAGAUUAAGUUCGAGAAAAAGUUUGGACAAUCUCCGGUAUUUAUUGCCUCUACACUUCUUGAAGAUGGUGGUGUUCCUCCAGGGGCAUCGCCCUCAGCUCUCUUAAAAGAAGCCAUCCAUGUGAUCAGCUGUGGUUAUGAAGACAAAACAGAGUGGGGCAGAGAGGUACUUAGCUUUAUUCUUAUUUCAUUUUCAAAUCUUCUCUAAAUUUUGUAGAGCUAGACUGCAAUAUGAACCUGAUUGAGUUACGUGUACCAGGUUGGUUGGAUUUAUGGAUCUGUUACUGAGGACAUCUUGACUGGGUUCAAGAUGCAUUGCCAUGGCUGGCGGUCAGUGUACUGCAUCCCUAAAAGGCCUGCAUUCAAGGGUUCUGCUCCUAUCAAUUUGUCAGAUCGUUUGCACCAAGUUCUUCGAUGGGCCUUAGGUUCUGUUGAAAUUAUGUUGAGCAAACAUUGUCCAAUUUGGUAUGGGUAUGGUUGCGGAUUGAAGCCCCUGGAGCGGUUCUCAUACAUAAACUCAGUUGUCUAUCCGUUGACAUCCAUUCCCCUGAUUGCUUAUUGUACCUUGCCAGCUGUUUGUCUGCUAACUGGGAAGUUCAUCGUCCCAGAGGUAAUGUUACAAGAUUUUCCUCUUGAAAGUGAAAAGCUGUUACUGUUUUAGUCUGUUGCAUGUAAGUAUCUCUGCUAACAAAGUUCAUUUCUUUCUCUACAGAUUAGCAACUAUGCAAGUAUUAUAUUCAUGGGUAUGUUUAUAUUAAUUGCUGCAACUAGUAUCUUAGAAAUGCAGUGGGGAGGUGUUGGCAUCGAUGACUGGUGGAGAAAUGAGCAGUUCUGGGUUAUUGGUGGUGUUUCUUCACAUCUUUUUGCUCUUUUCCAAGGUCUACUCAAGGUGUUGGCUGGUGUUGACACAAACUUUACUGUUACAUCGAAAGCAGCUGAUGAUGGAGAGUUUUCCGAGCUCUAUCUAUUUAAGUGGACAUCACUGUUGAUCCCCCCAUUGACCUUGUUAAUAAUUAACAUCAUAGGGGUCGCUGUUGGGGUGUCGGAUGCGAUCAAUAAUGGGUAUGAAUCAUGGGGUCCACUCUUUGGCAAGCUAUUCUUUGCCUUCUGGGUGAUUAUCCACUUGUACCCAUUCCUCAAAGGUUUGAUGGGAAAGCAGAAUGGAGUUCCAACGAUUAUUGUCGUCUGGUCCAUACUGCUAGCUUCAAUCUUCUCUCUUUUGUGGGUCAGAAUCAACCCCUUCCUGGACAAGGGUGGUCUUGUAUUAGAAGUUUGUGGAUUGGAUUGUGAGUAAGAUGAUAUGCAUAAAGAGAUAGGAAACUUGUAGAUGGUUGAGAGACAGAAGAAAAGGACCCAUUCAUGGGACGAAGAAGAAGUAUAUCCCAGUACACAAAAUGUGUUCAUUCAUGGAUAAUCACCAAAUGGCAUAAUUGAGUGGGGAAGAACCCCAUUCAUGGAUUGUUGUGUAGAUAAAACAGAUGAGCUUUAGAUACAAUUGAUAUUUGUUUGCAAAGUUAUCAUUGAUUCUUUUAAAGAAGUUUUGGGAUUUGUUUGGGAGGAAAAACAAAGAGGUGGAUGAAAAAAUCCUUGUAAUCCCAAAAGAACAUAAAUGUCUCAUAAUUUAUAUUCCCUUCUUACAAGGGACUCCAUACAAGAAACUGUUCUUAAACCCUUUUUUGUUUAAACUUGUGUAACAUUUCUCUUUUUCUCCUUCAAUUCUCCAGUUUAAUUUACUCUAGUUUUCUUCUGUUCUUGGA